GGACAGUUUCCCUCCACCUCCAUAAGCAGAGACACCCAGGAGACAUAGCAGUGGAACGCAGCCGACAUCUGCCAACAUUACCUCCAGCCAAUGACUCAGCAGAUUGGAGAGAGUCCACAAUGUGUGACCACCCUAACCAACAGUACUCACAUCACGCAGUUGGACCAGAAUGAGGCAACUAGAUCCUCCUAUAAGGCUUUGGAUGAAUCUCUGAAGAUGUUCAAAGGGCAUCCAAAGGUCCUUGGGGCUCUCCAGAUCCUGAACGGGAGUAUGAUCUUUGCCUUAGGGGUAUUUUUAGGCUUAUUAAAACAUACUUUUGAUUUCUCCGGAACCGCCUUUUUCAUGCUCUACAUAGGCUACCCUUUCUGGGGAGCUGCAUUUUUCAUCACUUCAGGAUCCCUUUCCGUUGCAGCUGGAGGAAAACCCACAAGGAAUUUGGUGCAAAGCAGUUUUGGGAUGAACAUUGCCAGUGCAACUAUCUCUGUAGUUGGGUUCAUUUUUCUCUCGAUCAAUUUUGUGCUAAAUGCCUGGCAAGUCAACAGUUGUUCAUUGGCAGCUCCUAACGUGUGCACUUUGACCACUUUCACAUUGGCUGGGAUCCUGUCUUUGAUGCUGAUACUCACUGUGCUAGAAUUCUGCAUUACCAUCUCUUUCACAAUCCUGGAGUGUAAAGCAAACUGUUGUGACUCUAAUGAGGUAGUUUUGUCUCUUCCUGAUUCUUCUGUGGUCGCUGGGAUGCCCCUUGACAAAUAGCAUUCUGAAAGCUUGGAAACCUCAGUCCCAGUGAAUGAUACUGAGAUACUAAGCAAAUAGUCCUAGAGAUAGCUCCAGAAACACUCUUUUAAAGCUAUCAGUUGAACAAAUCUUUAUCCUAUGGGACCCCACUGAAUAGUGUGGCCUCAGUUUUUCCCGUUCAACAUAAUGUGACUUCUGGGUUCCUUGCAGGCUUCUUCUGUGCCUUUUCCAAACACUUCCCCCCCCCCCCCACUACACAUAUUUUUGGCUUCAUUGGAAUUUUGCCUGCUAUCAUGGAAGAUCCCAUUGAUGAACACUCAUUCCCUUCUAGCUGUCUAGAACAAAGAGAGGAAAGAUUUAGAGACCAAUGAAUAUGCUGGAUGUGCAUCAUAUAAAGAUGAACCUCAAGACAGGUGAACUUCAGAGACUAACAAUCACAAAUGAUCUGGACUGGUGAUACUGUCAUCAUGGACACAUUUGCCUCAACUGAAACUAUAAUAGAGAUAAAGAACUCUGUUGGCUAUUCAUUCCUGAGCUUUGGUGAGAAGAAUUCAGAGUCCUCUGCCCCAUCAUACAAGCCUCCCUUCCACUUCAAAUUAAACUCCCUGUGACCCAGACCUGGCUGUUUGGGUUGAAACACCUAAGAUUUUAUUUUUUCUACUAUUUUCAAUAAAUCAUGCAAUCCCUGUGUUAAACGUG